CAAGAUGUCUGCGCUCUUAAGAAGCAUGAUUUCUCUAAAAAUUCCAAUCAAAAUCAAAUGUUGACAUGAUUAACGUGGUUAUUUUGAAUUCACAUGCAUUUAUAUGGAAUUUAGAUGAUGCAUGCAAGGUCCGGGAAGAAUGUCGUAUUGUUGGGAGCCUGGUGGGAUGUCUCCCAAGAGCGCCAUCGCAAAAUGUCCAGCUUGGAUUGCCAAUGCAGCUCUUGCCCGAAGAAGCCACACUUAUGUUUGAAAAAGGGUUUGCCACUCCAGUUGAAGAAUGUGACAUCAAGGAAAAGCCGUCCAAGGAACAAGUGAAACAGUACGAGAACUUCAUGAUUCAACAUUAUGAGGAGCAGGCUGAAAUUUGUAAGGUGGAACGACGUGAAGAAAUGGUUGCCUUGAAAGAGAAAAUAAUCGAAGGCAAAAUGAAGAAGAGAAAUAAGAUGCUAGAACAGAGGAAGGCAGCAGGAGAAGAAGUUGAUGAUGCUGAAUUUGAGGAGAAGAUUGAUUUUGAUGUCAACACUAUCAGGAUUGACACCAUACCGAAGUCAAGCAUGCUGGUCCAGACAUUCAUUGAUAGCCCAUGGCCAGACAUCAUGAAACCAGCUGAGUGGAAAUUCCCUCAAACGACAGCAGAGAAACACAGAUACCAAAUCUUCAAGGAUUUAUGGGAGCAAGGAAAUUAUUUGACAUCUGGGAGUAAAUUUGGCGGCGAUUUUCUUGUUUAUCCAGGCGACCCCCAUCUCUUCCACUCAUUCUACAUCGCAGUGUGCAUGCCGUAUCAGGAGGAGUUCUGUGCACUUGAUCUCAUCAGCAAAGGACGUCUCGGAGCAAAUGUGAAAAAGACGGUGGCACUAUGCUGCGUGGAUAAUGACUGCAUAGUGAAAUAUACGUCUCUGCAGUGGACAGGCAUGAGGUGAUGGAAAUGACAUCUGAUAGGUGUCCCUUCAUGUCCUUGAAAUCCUGAAUCUGACUGCAACUGUGACUGACGUAUGACUGUGUGUACGGGCGGAGGGUGUGGAGGCAAUAACGCUGGAAGUUCAGUAUGCUCAGCGAAGCAUAGUACACCUCAAGUCAAGGAUGUACGAGUCCAUUUAUGAGGUACAAAAGUUCUGUGGUUGAUUCUGUGGACAGAUAU